CAGCUGGUCAAGACUCUUAAGGGGUACAAACUCUUCAAAGAAACCUAAUGUUACAUUCAUUAUUGUAUCUAUCCCUUUAAUCUAAAUGUGAUUCAUGUAUGUUUAAUUCCUUGUACUACAGACACCAUCUCUUGGCCUAUCAUUCUUGAACUGGAUUUCAGUUCAGGACCGCUGCCACAAGGACAAAGUAUUUGGUUACUUAAUAACAAUAACCUGUAAUUGCCGUUUUAAAAAUAAUUCAUAUAAUCAUGGCAUAUUUUGGGUUAAGUUUUUGUAUAAAUAGUUUAAUUAGCCCCCCGAAUGUAGACGCUGCUCAUACUUCAUGCUGCUUCUCUCCACCCCUUCAAACUUCUCCCACUUUCUCCACCCACGAAACUUUGCUGGCUGUCUUAACACAUUUGAGUCUGAAAAACUUCAGAUCACACUGCAUCACAGUCAAGCUCACUGUGUCCUGUCUGAAGUCUGACGCAUCUAUCCAGCAGUCACAUCUUGGACUCUUGUCAGGCUAACUUAGGAUGCCAACCAGGAGCAUCAGGAUGCUGUGUGGCUUCUUUUUGAUGUCUGUUGUGUUUUUCCUGGAUGUGGGGAAGUGCACUGCAGUGCAAUCAGAGCUGAGAAUCACAACAAUAAAGCAAGAGCCAUACACAAUGGCCAAAAACUCUCAACUUGAAGGCUUUUGUAUGGACCUGUUGUCUGAAAUAGCCAAGAAAGUGGGCUUCAAGUACAGAGUCCAGCUGGUGAAAGACGGCUCAUAUGGCCGACAGGACGAGAGUGGGAACUGGAAUGGGAUGGUCGGGGAGGUCAUGAGAGGAGAGGCUGACCUUGCGAUUGCCCCACUGACCCUCACUGCAGCCCGGGAGAAAGUAGUGGGGAUGACAAAACCGUUCAUGCAGACAGGGAUCAGCAUCCUGCUGAGGAAGGACAUCUCAGAGGUGACUGGCUUCUUUGAUUUCCUGACCCCCUUUACAGCCGAGACCUGGUUGGGCAUACUCAUUGCAUACCUGGGGACUUCUGUUUGCAUCUUCAUAGCUGCCAGACUCAGUCCAUGUGAGUGGAGUCAGCCUCAGAAUGAAACAAACACAUUCAGCCUCCUCCACAGCCUGUGGUACACAGCUGGUGCUCUGACUCUACAAGGUGCUGGCCCCCACCCCAAAGCUCUGUCAGGACGCGUCAUCUGCUGCAGCUGGUGGUUAUUCACCAUCGUCCUCCUGGCUUGUUAUUUCUCCAACCUCAGCUCCUCUAAGGCCUCCGAGUCCACUCACCUGACUGUGAAAAGGUUUGAGGACUUGGCUAAUCAGGACAUGAUUGAGUAUGGGUGUUUGGCUGGUUCCUCUACCCUCGCCUUCUUCAAGAAUUCAAACAACCCAGUGUACCGCAGAAUCUAUGAGCACAUGGAGAGGACUGAGAGUUUUGUGUCAUCCAUGGACGAGGGGGUCCGGCAGGCAAAGGAUGGAGACUUUGCCUUUAUUGGAGAGUCUGUAUCUUUGGAUUUGGCAGUGGCGCGUCACUGUGAGCUGGUCAGAGCACAUGAAGUUGUUGGCAUGAGAGGAUACAGCAUUGCGGCCCCCCUUGGCUCACCCCUCAUUAAGAACCUCAGCGUGGCAAUCUUACAGCUGAGCGAGGCAGGGGAGCUGGCCUACCUGCGGAGCAAGUGGUGGGCCAGCAGUUGCAUUGCAGAAAAGGCCAAGUCUUCUGCUGUGCAGCCGCACAGCCUUAAAGGGAUGUUUCUGGUUCUCUCUCUGGGCCUGGGGUUAGGAGCGCUGCUGGCUGUUCUGGAGCUGACCUCCAAGAGCCGAAAAAGUGCAGCUGAGCAGAAGAAAUCUUGCUGCAUUGUGCUGACUGAGGAACUGACUCUGCGUAUGAGGACCAGCGAUGCAAACAGGCCCCAGGAAAAUGAAGCCAAAGACAAAGAAAAAGCGUAGACUCAUUUCUUUUAACAGUUUGGAUUUCAAAAUGAUUACUUUGCUGGAUAGCUGUGGUAUAAUAUUUGAAAGGAGCAUUAACUAUUUAGUAGGUCUCGACCCCUCUUUAUUUUAGAUACAUUAGAGAAAAAAGCAAAUAGUACAUUUAAUUAAUGAUUAAAAGACUCACAAUUUAUUAAAAUAAUCAAUUUAUUAGUUUGCAAGUGUGAA